ACUCUCCUUGAGAAUUGGACUCAAAGACGGAAGGAAACACAAGUGACCGUGUGAACUGUAUAAUGAUGCAUUAUGCAUGAAAUCUUACAGGACUUCUUUUUUCAGAGCCGUUGAGCCACUGGUUCACAGGAAUGCAGGUGCAGGCUGGGUGUCAAUUGAUGAGGAAGAUCAACAAGAUUCCUUCCUGAAGACUGGAACAACCUGUUUUCAUGUUCCAGUCUUUUUAAGGUUGCUUGGAAACUCAAGACAUGAGGGUGUUCUCCGUAGUGAACGAGUGACGCACUGACAGGAGGCGUAUUUGACUUAAACCCAAUCUCAGUAUGUAAGACAGUUCUGCUGUCUUCAGAACUAAUGUUUCAUUUAUAGAAAUGGAUAUGACUCCAGCGUGAUAAAGGAUAAACUUCCAGCCUUUUCUGACAUGCUUUAAUGACACGAUGACCCACUUCCUAGCCUGCACGCUCACUGUGCUUCAGAUAUGCCUAACGCCAGCUAAAGCAAUUCUUUCUCCUCCAAGGAAUCUGACUGUGGGAUUAUUGGAUUUUAAAGCUACAGCCGAAUGGCUUCCUCCUGAAGGAAAUCCUCCUGAAACCAGAUACACCUUGGAGUUUAUAGCAGCACAAAAAAUGUCCGGAGGAAAGUGGAAUGGCGCUCCACAAUGCAGUAACACAGCCGUACCGAAAUGCGAACUGACUUUUGAUGGGCAACCUAACGAGCUUCAUUGGAAUUAUUUUGUGAGGGUCAAGGCAACAUUUAAAGGGAUGAGCUCCAACUGGACAACCGCUUCAAAGACUUUCCAGCCAUACGGAGACACACGCUUGAGUCCCCCAAACGUAAAAGUCUCAACUGAACAAAAGUCCAUUAAAAUUAAUUUUAGCCACUGGCUGGAAUUAAAGCCAGAGGUCAAACCACUGGAAUACCUGCUGUACCUUUUUGAGAGCAGUCCUGCAGGGGAAUUAAAGUUUUUAGCACUGAGAUCAACCUCUGAAUCUCCCUACGUUUUCCAUGGAGUGCCAUCUGGCAAGAAUUAUUGUGUUAGUGUUUCUGCCAGUCAUCAAAAAGCAUCUAAGAGCAGUAACUUUAACACCACCAACUGUGUAUUUCUAUUAGACUCCACCAGAAGCUUUGUGCUGGUGGUGUGCAUUGCGGCCAUGCUGCUGAUUAUUUUUUCAACUGGGUUUUUUCUGUCUUUUGGUUGGCUUUACCACAUGAGGCUUCAAAUCAAGAAUCUCCGCAUUCCAAAACCUUUGCAGAUUGAUAUUGCAAUAUAUAAGAUGGUCCUAAAACCAACCUCUGAGGUAUCCCAGCCAAUUACAGUGACCACACCAAAAAAAGAAAUGCACGCAGAGAGAAGUUUUGCUUCAUCGGAGGAAGACUGCAAGGACGACCCUAAGUAUCAUUCCAGAGAAAUCCUUGCAUCCAUCGCCAGUGCCAACCCACCAGAGCCAGACGAGGAGGCUGAGGCAUCAAAUCAGUAUGACAAGUACACACUAGCUAAUGAAUUAGAAGAUAGCGAAGAAAAUGAAAUAUAUGAAACGGAUGAUGACUGCGUGCAUCCAGGUAGUGAAUCUGAAUCGGGAUCUAUCUGUGCUAAUACUUCACACAAUUCAAGAUCAUCAGAAAUACUGCAAAUGGUUCAUGUGAACAUGUACUUAAAGUCGGAAAUGGAUAGCAAUUAUGCAGAAGAAACCCUUUCCUGUUCAUCUGGCAGUGACUAUAAAAGAGAAGUGCUUGCUGGAGAGGAGGAGGAUAGCUUCUUCCUGCCUGGUUCUAACUCAGAGAGUGGCUAUGAACCAAGACAAAGUAUUAUGAACUUCUGUGAAUCUACAGAGGGAUUAUGAAUCUCCAAACUACGAAGGCCCUCAGAGAGGAUCUACAUGUUCUGAGCCCACUAAAGGUGGAGUCUGCAACCAAAUUCAAGCAAAAAAGUAUCCACCUUUCACCUGAGCCAUGCAAAACUAUGUGUAAAAUUACAGAAUAUCUAUAACAUGAGGAAAUAACACUUGGUACAGAAGCAAGAUCUGGGGUUUGUUAUGGAGAGAACCAUCCGUUUAAUAUUUUCUUUUAUCUCAGUAGCACUUACCGUUUUCUUCUGCAAGAACUCAUAAGAACUCCUGCACCAGGAACGCUUGGGUCUUCCAGAAAUUAUGAUCCAUUUAAGUUCUCAAGCUGAAUUCUGUAUGGUCAAGCAAUUGCCUAGUUGAGGUACUAUAUAAGUGGGUCAGGUUGAGCACAGUUUGAACAAUGGAAGCGUGCCUACUUCAGGAAUAAGCUGGAGCUACACAUUCUGCAGCAUGUCGUUAUAAUGCAACCCGCCACAGGACUAGCUAUCUGUCCGCUCAGACACUUUAAUAAUGGACUCCAGGUGCUACAUGAAGCAAUGCAGUGCAAUAGCUGGCCGACUUGAAAAAUUAUUCUUGUGUAUUUUAUGUCAUGCAAAAUACAUACCAUAAUUAUAAAAUUAUAUUUUAAGCAAAAUUGGGAUAUAAGACCACUGUAGUGAAAAUAUAAUUAUGAUAAUAUAAUAUGAUAUCAUUGAUAUAUAUAUAUAUAUAUAUAUAUAUAUAUAUAUAUAUA